GAGCUAUAGAAAUAUUGUCAGUCACACUACGGGAGGACACAGAAGCAAGUCACCUUCGAGGAACAUGGAUGUCAAGUCCACUGCUGUAAUCACAGGCUGGUUCCUGUUGAGUAUAUUUCAAGUAUGUAUUUGCGGAAGAACUUUUUAUCACAGGGUGGAAAGUCUGGACAACAGGGAAGUAAUGGAAUCAGCAUCUAGCUACCAGACCAGCGUCCCCAGCGUUGGCAAGUGUGCACGUCUUUGUCGCCAACAAGACUGUGUGUAUCUGAGACAUAAUGGCGACGUUUGCAGUCUGUAUGACGUUCUCGUCAACGCCAGUUCAUCACCCGCCCAAGGAGCAGUCUACUAUCGAAACACUUGUCCUACUGGAUUGGGCUACGUCUUUGCCGAGUCGAUAAACAUUUGCUUCAAAGUCAGCCCUGCCUCUGAACUGAAAGAUUGGGAAGCGAGCUUGAAUGCAUGUCAUGCUGAAGAUGGUCGUCUCGUGGCCCUUGACACUGACGCUAGACACAACUACAUCAAAAACUACAUCAUCGAAGUUGCAGGGAUUGGUACCUCCCCGGUGUGGGUCGGUUUGAACAAGACAACUACCACUGGCCCCUUCAGAUGGUUAUCCGGAUCAAAUCACACCACUAAAUGGGAUUACGCGGAGCCUGACUACUUAUCCUUUCAGAAUUGCGUGUAUCUGUAUUACAAAGACCUUGUCGACACGGAAUGCGAUAGCCGGAAACGAUAUGUGUGCGAGCUUGUUCUUCAAUAAACGACAAUAUGCACAAUUAAGUUCAGGGCGCAACUGUAUAAAGAGGUUGGAAACUCCUGCACAUAGUUCGCCACUCAUUAUGGGGUUGACCACUCAGUAAGGCCUUGCAAGGGCAGUUUUUAUGUUUCAAUCAAUCUUUAUUCAUGGUACUGAUGAGGCCAAAGGCUUAUAGUGCAUUGUCUGGGGCAUGUUACAAAUUUAUACAUUUUCUUAAUUUCAUAGCAUGAUAAAUGAAUAUUGACACAUUUCUAAUAGUUUCUGUACAAUCACAUGUCAUUAAUUUACAAAAUGUGUUACCAUUUGGGUAAGCCAGGUGCUUGUGCUCUAGAACAUGACCAUAUCAUCAGCGAAAAGAAGCAGGGAUAAUUAAUAGUUUCGGGAUGUAGUUGUAUUCCACCAGUGCAAUUAUUUUGGAUUUUAUCUGCUUAUUCAUUUAUGAAAAAGGAAAAUAGAAAGGGACUUAAUAAUACAUCCUUGUCAGGUGCCAUUUUUUUCCGGACACACACCUUUACAUUUCUAUAUUGAGGACACAAUAACUUUUCAAUUCUGCUACUUAGCCCAUGUCUUUGAAAGAGGGCCACCAGUUAACCCUUUUCACAGAGUCAAAAGCUUUUGCAAAGUAAAUAAAUACAGCAUAUAGCUUCCCUCCUUUUACUUAUGGAUAUCUCUGUAUUUUAGAAUUUUGGGAUAAAGCAUUGUCAGUGGUGGAGUAUCCCUUUCUAAAUCCUGCUUGUGACUCACUUAUUUUAUCAUAAGAAUCCGCCCAGAAUUAUUGAUAAUUGAAGUAAAUAUUUUACUGAUUGUACUGAGGAGAGUUAUGCCUCUUAGUAUCAACAUCGCUGGCUUCGCCCUGUUUGUGAAGGGGAACAAUAAUGUCAACUGUCCAAUUCUCUAGAAAAUAUGAUCUCUCCAAUAGGAUAUUAAAAAUAAGUUCCAAAUAUGGUUUUAUAAUAUCUGAGUAAUGUUUAAAAACUCUGCUAUCAUGUUAUCAUUUCCAGAUGCCUUAUUAUCUUUAAGGUGGAAAUACUGACAAUAAUUGGGACAUUCAAGAAUAUCAGCUGUUACACUGUCUACUUUAUCUUCGUUGAAUUCAAUGUCAAAUAAAUCGUGAUCGCCAUGGAUAAUGUUCAUGUUUAUAUUUUAUAAGUAGAGGUCAGUAGCCGAGAGUGUUUCAAUAUUUCAGUGAUCAUGUAUUAUCAGUAAAGCGUGUACUAUGUGAGCCUUUGAAUUACCCUUUCCUAAUGUAUGCUAUUUAUGAUAAGGAACACACAAGGGUAAUAGCAUCUUCCCGGGGCAAGGGAGUUACCUGACUAUAAAGGCCAGUUUCCAUCCUUGUCGAACUAGGCUGUAAUCAUGGAGUUACAUUUUGCCUGGACUAACGAGUCUGUGCAUAGUCCAAUCAAAAUCGCGUAACGAACUAAACAUCCGGUUCGUUAACAACAGGAAUUUCAACGUGCAGAUUUCGGUCGACUGCAGGAUUUGCGAAGCAUGUGUAUCGCCAAUUUGACGUCGACAGAUAUUUUGUAAUUUUUUUCAUGCUUUUAAUCAAUUGCUCACUCGAUUUGAUGCACUUCGCGGGGUAAGAC